GGCGGGGCGGAGCGGUCGGAGCAGCGGCGGGCUGGCAGGCGGUCGUCCGGCCGGGGACCCGGCCCGGGACCGGCGGCGCGCGGCGGCCGAGGCCAGCUCCAGGACACGCGCGCCCCGAGCCUGGGAGGCAUGCUGAAGCCAGGCGGCCGGCAGAAUGAGUGUGAAAGAGGCUGGCAGCUCGGGCCGCCGGGAGCAGGCGGCCUACCACCUGCACAUCUACCCCCAGCUGUCCACCACGGAGAGCCAGGCCUCGUGCCGCGUGACUGCCACCAAGGACAGCACCACCUCGGACGUCAUCAAGGACGCCAUCGCCAGCUUGCGGCUGGACGGCACCAAAUGCUACGUGCUGGUGGAAGUCAAAGAGUCAGGCGGCGAGGAAUGGGUGCUGGAUGCCAACGACUCGCCUGUGCACCGGGUGCUGCUGUGGCCCCGGCGGGCGCAGGACGAGCACCCGCAGGAGGAUGGCUACUACUUCCUGCUGCAGGAGCGCAAUGCGGACGGGACCAUCAAGUACGUGCACAUGCAGCUGGUGGCGCAGGCCACGGCCACCCGACGCCUAGUGGAGCGUGGCCUCCUGCCACGGCAGCAGGCGGACUUUGAUGACCUGUGUAACCUCCCUGAGCUGACCGAGGGCAACCUCCUGAAGAACCUCAAGCACCGCUUCCUGCAACAAAAGAUCUACACGUAUGCGGGGAGCAUCCUGGUGGCUAUCAACCCCUUUAAGUUCCUGCCCAUCUACAACCCCAAGUACGUGAAGAUGUAUGAGAACCAGCAGCUGGGCAAGCUGGAGCCGCAUGUCUUCGCGCUGGCCGACGUGGCCUACUACACCAUGCUCAGGAAGCGCGUGAACCAGUGCAUCGUGAUCUCGGGUGAGAGCGGCUCUGGCAAGACCCAGAGCACCAACUUCCUCAUCCACUGCCUCACCGCCCUCAGCCAGAAGGGCUAUGCCAGUGGCGUCGAGAGGACCAUCCUGGGUGCUGGCCCUGUGCUGGAGGCUUUCGGAAACGCCAAGACAGCCCACAACAACAACUCCAGCCGGUUUGGGAAGUUCAUCCAAGUCAGCUACCUAGAGAGUGGCAUUGUGAGAGGAGCUGUCGUCGAGAAAUAUCUGCUUGAAAAGUCUCGCCUGGUGUCUCAGGAGAAGGAUGAGAGGAACUACCACGUGUUUUAUUAUUUGUUACUCGGGGUCAGCGAGGAAGAGCGCCGAGAAUUUCAGCUCAAGCAGCCUGAAGAUUAUUUCUACCUCAACCAGCAUAACUUGAAGAUUGAAGAUGGGGAGGACCUGAAGCAUGACUUUGAGAGGCUCAAGCAGGCCAUGGAGAUGGUGGGCUUCCUCCCCGCCACCAAGAAGCAGAUUUUUGCCGUCCUCUCGGCCAUCCUGUACCUAGGCAACGUCACUUACAAGAAGAGAGCUACAGGCCGAGAGGAAGGGUUGGAGGUCGGUCCGCCCGAGGUGCUGGACACCCUGUCGCAGCUUCUGAAGGUGAAGCGAGAAAUCUUGGUGGAGGUUCUGACCAAAAGAAAAACAGUGACCGUCAACGACAAGCUCAUCCUUCCCUACAGCCUCAGCGAGGCCAUCACUGCCCGCGACUCCAUGGCCAAGUCUCUGUACAGCGCCCUGUUCGACUGGAUUGUGCUGCGGAUCAACCACGCACUCCUCAACAAGAAGGACGUGGAAGAGGCAGUCUCGUGCCUGUCCAUCGGGGUCCUGGACAUCUUUGGAUUUGAAGACUUCGAGAGGAACAGCUUCGAGCAGUUCUGUAUCAACUACGCCAAUGAGCAGCUACAGUAUUACUUCAACCAGCACAUCUUCAAGCUGGAGCAGGAGGAAUAUCAGGGCGAGGGGAUCACGUGGCACAACAUCGGCUACACAGACAAUGUCGGCUGCAUCCAUCUCAUCAGCAAGAAGCCCACGGGCCUCUUCUACCUGCUGGACGAGGAGAGCAACUUCCCCCACGCCACGAGCCAGACCCUGCUGGCCAAGUUCAAACAGCAGCAUGAGGACAAUAAGUACUUCCUGGGCACCCCGGUCAUGGAGCCAGCCUUCAUCAUCCAGCACUUCGCAGGGAAGGUGAAAUAUCAGAUCAAGGACUUCCGGGAGAAGAACAUGGACUACAUGCGGCCAGACAUCGUGGCCCUGCUGCGGGGCAGUGACAGCUCCUAUGUGCGGGAGCUCAUUGGCAUGGACCCUGUGGCCGUGUUCCGCUGGGCCGUGCUCCGGGCCGCUAUCCGGGCCAUGGCCGUGCUUCGGGAGGCCGGACACCUGCGGGCCGAGAGGGCCGAAAAGGCUGCAGGUAUGAGCAGCCCUGGUGCCCAAAGUCACCCGGAAGAGCUGCCAAGAGGAGCCAGCACCCCUUCAGAAAAACUUUACCGCGAUUUGCAUAACCAAAUGAUCAAGAGCAUCAAAGGAUUGCCCUGGCAGGGCGAGGACCCCCGUAGGCUUCUCCAGUCCCUCAGUCGGCUCCAGAAACCCCGCGCCUUCAUCCUGAAAAGUAAAGGUAUCAAACAAAAGCAGAUCAUUCCAAAGAACCUGCUGGACUCCAAGUCCCUGAAACUCAUCAUCAGCAUGACCCUGCACGACCGCACCACCAAGUCCCUGCUGCACCUGCACAAGAAGAAAAAGCCACCGAGCAUCAGUGCCCAGUUCCAGACAUCCCUUAACAAGCUCUUGGAGGCGCUGGGGAAGGCAGAGCCCUUCUUUAUCCGCUGCAUCCGUUCCAAUGCUGAAAAGAAAGAGUUGUGCUUUGACGACGAGCUGGUCCUGCAGCAGCUGCGCUACACCGGUAUGCUGGAGACCGUGCGCAUCCGGAGGUCAGGGUACAGUGCCAAGUACACGUUCCAGGAUUUCACCGAGCAGUUCCAGGUGCUCCUGCCCAAGGAUGCCCAGCCCUGCAGGGAGGUCAUCUCCACCCUCCUGGAGAAGAUGAAGGUAGACAAGAGGAACUACCAGAUCGGGAAGACCAAGGUCUUCCUGAAGGAGACGGAGCGGCAAGCCCUGCAGGAGACGCUACACCGGGAGGUGGUGCGGAAAAUCCUGCUGCUGCAGAGCUGGUUUCGGAUGGUGCUGGAGCGUCGGCACUUCCUGCAGAUGAAGCGGGCCGCCAUCACCAUCCAGGCCUGCUGGCGGUCCUACCGGGUCCGGAGGGCUCUGGAGAGGACGCAGGCCGCCGUGUACCUCCAGGCCGCAUGGAGGGGCUACUGGCAGCGGAAGCUCUACCGGCGCCGGAAACAGAGCAUCAUCCGCCUGCAGAGCCUCUGCCGGGGGCACCUGCAGCGCAAGAGCUUCAGCCAGAUGAUCUUGGAGAAGCAGAAGGCAGAGGAGAAGGAGAGGGAAGCCCUGGAAGCCGCAAGAGCAGGCGCUGAGGAGGGCGGGCCGGGUCAGGUGGACGGCGGGCAACAGGUAGCUGAGCAGGGGCCAGAGCCGGCGGAGGAUGGCAGGCACCUGGCAUCAGACCCUGAGGUGUGGCCAAGUGACAGGUCCCCCCCAGAGCACUCCUCACCUGAGAAGGAGACCCCGAGCCUGGAGAAGACUCUCCCGCCCCAGAAAACCGUGGCAGCUGAAAGUCACGAGAAAGUCCCCAGCAGCCGGGAGAAGCGUGAGUCGCGUCGGCAAAGAGGACUGGAGCACGUCAAGUUCCAGAACAAACACAUUCAGUCCUGCAAGGAGGAGAGCGCCCUCAGAGAACCUUCCAGAAGGGUCACCCAGGAGCAAGGGGUGAGUCUCCUGGAAGACAAAAAGGAGAGCAGAGAAGAUGAAACCCUUCUAAUCGUGGAGACGGAGGCUGAGAACACGUCCCAAAAGCAGCCCACAGAGCAACCCGAGGCCAUGGCAGUUGGCAAAGUCUCUGAAGAAACCGAGAAGGCGCUGCCGGGUGGGAGCCCCAGGCCUGGCCAGGUGGAGCGGCCGACCAGCCUGGCCUUGGACAGCAGGGUCAGCCCACCAGCCCCCGGCAGCACCCCCGAGACCCCCGAGGACAAAAGCAAACCGUGGGGCAGCCCAAGGGUUCAGGAAAAGCCCGACAGCCCCGGAGGCUCCACACAGAUCCAGCGGUACCUGGACUCCGAGCGGCUGGCCAGCGCCGUGGAGCUGUGGCGGGGCAAAAAGCUGGUGGCCGCCGCCAGCCCUAGUGCCAUGCUCAGCCAGUCCCUGGACCUCAGCGACAGACAACGGGCCACAGGGGCCACCCUCAUGCCCACAGAGGAGAGGCGCAUCUCCUUCUCCACGAGCGAUGUCUCCAAGCUCCUCCCAUCCCCGGCCAAGGCUCAGCCUGCAGCAGAAACCACGGACGGAGAGCGAAGCACGAAGAGACCGGCUGUCCAGAAGAAGAAGUCAGGUGACGCAUCCUCCAUGCCAGACGCAGGGCUGUCCCCGGGCUCUCAGGUUGACUCUAAAUCCACGUUUAAGAGGCUUUUUCUGCAUAAAACCAAGGAUAAAAAAUACAGCCUGGAGGGUGUGGAGGAGUUGGAGAAUGCUGUGUCCGGGCACGUGGUGCUGGAAACUGCCACCAUGAAGAAGAGCCUGGAAGCCCCCUCCGGACACCAGCACCGCCACGCCACAGGUGAGAAGCGCACCAAGGAACCAGGAGGCAAAGGGAAGAAGAACCGAAACGUCAAGAUUGGGAAGAUCACCGUGUCAGAGAAGUGGCGGGAAUCGGUGUUCCGCCAGAUCACCAACGCCAAUGAGCUCAAGUACCUGGACGAGUUCCUGCUCAACAAGAUAAAUGACCUCCGUUCCCAGAAGACGCCCAUCGAGAGCUUGUUUAUCGAAGCCACCGAGAAGUUCAGGAGCAACAUCAAAACCAUGUACUCCGUCCCGAACGGGAAGAUCCACGUGGGCUACAAGGAUCUGAUGGAGAACUACCAGAUCGUCGUCAGCAACCUGGCCACUGAGCGCGGCGAGAAGGACACCAACCUGGUCCUCAACCUCUUCCAGUCACUGCUAGAUGAGUUCACCCGUGGCUACACCAAGAAUGACUUCGAGCCAGUGAAGCAGAGCAAAGCUCAGAAGAAGAAGCGGAAGCAGGAGCGCGCUGUCCAGGAGCACAACGGGCACGUGUUCGCCAGCUACCAGGUUAGCAUUCCGCAGUCGUGCGAGCAGUGCCUCUCCUAUAUCUGGCUCAUGGACAAGGCCCUACUCUGCAGUGUGUGCAAGAUGACCUGCCACAAGAAGUGUGUGCACAAGAUUCAGAGCCACUGCUCCUACACCUACGGGAGGAAGGGCGAGCCAGGUGCUGAGCCGGGCCACUUCGGCGUGUGCGUGGACAGCCUGACCAGCGACAAGGCCUCGGUGCCCAUCGUGCUGGAGAAGCUCCUGGAACACGUGGAGAUGCACGGCCUGUACACCGAGGGCCUCUACCGAAAGUCGGGCGCCGCCAACCGCACUCGGGAGCUCCGGCAGGCGCUGCAGACAGACCCCGCAGCAGUCAAGCUGGAGAACUUCCCCAUCCACGCCAUCACAGGGGUGCUGAAGCAGUGGCUGCGGGAACUGCCCGAGCCCCUCAUGACCUUCGCACAGUACGGCGACUUCCUCCGAGCCGUUGAGCUGCCAGAGAAGCAGGAGCAGCUGGCUGCCAUCUAUGCUGUCCUGGAGCAUCUUCCAGAAGCCAACCACAACUCGCUGGAGAGACUCAUCUUCCACCUCGUCAAGGUGGCCCUGCUCGAGGAUGUCAACCGCAUGUCACCUGGGGCCCUGGCCAUUAUCUUCGCACCCUGCCUCCUGCGCUGCCCUGACAACUCGGACCCCCUGACCAGCAUGAAGGAUGUCCUCAAGAUCACCACGUGCGUGGAGAUGCUGAUCAAGGAGCAGAUGAGGAAAUACAAAGUGAAGAUGGAGGAGAUCAGCCAACUGGAGGCUGCAGAGAGCAUCGCCUUCCGCAGGCUUUCGCUCCUGCAACAAAAUGCUAACAAGAGCCCCAAGGCCCGGGACAGCCAGGGGGAGGAGCUGGAGGUGCUGCUGGAGGAGGAGGCAGCCGCUGGCGAUGAGGACCGGGAAAAGGAGAUUCUCAUUGAACGGAUCCAGUCCAUCAAGGAGGAGAAGGAGGACAUCACCUAUCGGCUGCCGGAGCUGGACCCAAGGGGCUCAGAUGAGGAGAACCUGGACUCGGAGACGUCGGCCAGCACCGAGAGCCUGCUGGAGGAGCGGGCCGGGCGGGGGGCCUCGGAAGGGCCCCCUGCGCCUGCUCUCCCUUGCCCCGGCGCGCCUGCCCCGAGCCCCCUCCCCACCGUGGCUGCCCCUCCACGACGAAGGCCGUCGUCCUUCGUAACGGUCAGAGUGAAGACCCCCCGGCGGACCCCCAUCAUGCCCACGGCCAACAUCAAGCUCCCACCAGGCUUGCCCUCCCACCUGCCUUGCUGGGCACCGGGUGCCCGGGAGGCGGCUGCCCCAGUGCGGCGCCGGGAGCCACCUGCCCGCCGCCCGGACCAGGUACAUUCCGUGUACAUCACGCCCGGGGUACACCUGCCAACGCAGGGCGCCCUGGAGCCCCUAGAAGAGGAUGGCCAGCCACCUGGGGCCAAGCGGAGGUACUCGGACCCCCCAAAGUACUGCCUGCCCCCCGCCUCGGGCCAGGCCAUGGCUGAGGGCCACAGCUGACAAAGUCUGCAUGUCCGAGGACGGCCCCUGCACUGGAGCUGGGCGCCAGAGCUGCAGAGCUAGUGUUCGGCCCUCAGAGAAGGAUCCAGAAUCAAAAGCUCAAGAGCGACGUGAGGUGGGCACCGGCCCCAAGUGCAGAGUCAAGGCAGGGAGAGGCCGGCUGGAGCCAGGCCCCCCUCGCACCCAGCCCCCAAAUCACCGACGCACCUGCGGGGAGCGCCACAUCUCCGCCUGCGGCCUCACAUCUCCCCACUCCCCUUUUGUACGUGUAACUGUUUCUUUGUACGUGGUUUACAUAACUUUAAACUGUAACAGCCUUAAUGGAAGACCAAAUGGUUUUUUAUAUGUGUAUGUACAAAGUUUUCUAUUAACGCUGCCCGUCUCCCUUAUAACCUGGACUUGAGCUGUCAGAGCGGAGGCCACUAGGCCUCUUCGCGUCUGAGGCUCAGACCCCUGCUAUGGUUGGCUUGGGAUGGCCAGUGGGCUGGGACCCUCCAUGAGAGUUUUGGACACUUGGGCCACCUGACCCAUGCCCGUCUAACACGUGUCUCCGGGGGACAGCCACCUGGCCAAUGCAUGUGAGGACGUGCUGGAACCUUCCAUGGGGGUCUAGGCUAUUGGCUGGAGCCAGGACAUGAGUCAGGGGCACCACAGACCUCACAUGCCAGGGAGACUUGAAUGUGGCUGUCACUCUUCCGGAUGCCAAGGGCUGCAGGAGGCUGGCUGCUCUUGGCACUACCCACCCCAUGUGACAGAACAGGAGCCAGUGACUCAGGACUGCUCACGGACCAGGAGGGCAAUGCCUGAAGUCAGACCUCCCUACAGGUCAACAGGGACAGCCUGGGGAUCUCUGGAGCAGGGCCCUCGUCUCUCAGGCUUGGCCCACUCCCCCAGACACCUGGACACAUGGCCACAAAUCUGGGACAAAGAGCCCUCCGCACGGCGUGAAAUAAAAAGUGCCUGAGAAGUGUGUGC